AUGGAACGUAUUUUUGAGGCAAAGGGGUGUCCAGAUGAUAGGAAGUUGGCCUAUACUCAAUAUCUGCUGACAGGAGAAGUUGGCCAUUGGUGGAACAACAUGAGAGCCAUCCUUGAGAGGCGUGGAACUCCUAUUACUUGGGAGUUAUUCAAGACCAAAUUUUACACAGAAUACUUCCCUGAUAGUGUCCGCUUUGCAAAAGAAGUGGAGUUUCUUGAGCUAACACAAGGAAACAGGUCGGUGACUGAAUAUGCCGACUGCUUUAAACACCUCCUUCGCUUCAGCACGGUGCAAGUGAAUGAAGAUUGGCAGUGCCGAAAGUUUGAGAAUGGUUUGAGGAAGGAUGUCAAGCUUAUGGUGAAGGGAUUACGCAUCCGAGAGUUUCCCGCCUUGGUGGAAAUGGCUAGGGACAUGGAGAAAACCAAGGGAGAACCUGAAGUGCAGCAGAGCCAGAGAGUCCAACCACUGAGGGUUGGCGGACCCGUAGUCUUCAGAGGGGGAUCCAGCUCGAGGACAACCCCUUUCUCUCGACCCACAUCUUUGGGGUCCAGGGGUUCUUCCUCCUCUUCUCAGCCCUCAGUGCAGCUGGGGCCACCCAGUUAUGCCAACCCUGUGAGAUGCUACAUGUGUGGAGGACCACACCUCCAGUCUGUGUGCCCUCGUCUGAUAGGGUACAAGAGGUGUAACCUUUGUAGGAGGGACGACCAUUAUGCUAGAGACUGCCCUACAGUCAGGAGGACCGGACCACCACCACCACGUCUAGCGGACAGAGCUAUUUAG